GUCCCGCCCCCCCACAAUGAGUGACAUCUACGAGUCAGCGGCCAACUCUCUGGGGUUGUUCAGCAGUCCCUGCCUCACCAAGGUGGAGCUGAUGCUCACCUGCAAAGGGAUCUCGGACCGAGACGCUCUUUCCAAACCUGACCCCUGCGUCAUCCUCAAGAUGCAGUCCCACGGACAGUGGAUGGAGGUGGACCGGACGGAGGUGAUUCGCAGCUGCGUGAACCCCACCUACUCCAAGGUUUUCACAUUGGACUUUUAUUUUGAAGAGGUGCAGCGUCUGCGCUUUGAGCUGUACGACAUCAACAACAGCAGCCACAACGGCCUGAAGGAGGCCGACUUCCUGGGCUCAGUGGAGUGCACGCUGGGACAGUGCACCGUGUGGGACUGGGACUCGAACGGGAAACACGACUACAUCGGAGAAUUUGAGGCCACAUUCAAAGAAAUGAGAGGAGCCAUCGACGGACGGCAGGUGCAGUGGCCGUGCAUGAAUCCUAAAUACAAAGUCAAGAAGAAGAAUUACAAGAACUCCGGGAUCGUCAUUCUAAACCAGUGCAAGGUCAUCAAGAUGCACUCCUUCCUGGAUUACAUCAUGGGAGGCUGUCAGAUCCAGUUCACUGUCGCCAUCGACUUCACGGCCUCUAACGGAGAUCCCCGGAACAGCUGCUCUCUGCACUACAUCCACCCGUACCAGCCCAACGAGUACCUGAAGGCUCUGGUGGCCGUGGGAGAGAUCUGCCAGGACUAUGACAGUGACAAAAUGUUCCCAGCGUUUGGAUUCGGAGCUCAGAUCCCUCCUGACUACAAGGUCUCCCAUGACUUUGCAGUGAAUUUUAACGAGGACAACCCUGAGUGUGCAGGUAUCCAGGGCGUGGUGGAGGCUUACCAGGCCUGCCUCCCCAAGCUGCAGCUCUACGGUCCCACCAACAUCGCCCCCAUCAUCCAGAAGGUCGCCAACUCCGCUUCGCAGGAGGUCCACACCAAAGAGGCGAUGCAAUACUUCAUCCUGCUGAUCCUGACGGACGGCGUCAUCACCGACAUGGCUGACACGAGGGAGGCCAUCGUCCAGGCCUCCCACCUCCCCAUGUCCGUCAUCAUCGUCGGGAUCGGGAAUGCCGACUUCAGCGACAUGCAGAUGCUGGACGGCGAUGACGGGAUCCUGCGGUCACCCAAAGGGGAGCCUGUCCUCCGGGACAUCGUCCAGUUCGUCCCCUUCCGCAACUUUAAACACGCGUCUCCAGCUGCUCUGGCUAAGAGUGUGUUAGCCGAGGUGCCCAACCAGGUGGUUGACUACUACAACAGCAAGGGCAUUAAGCCCAAAGUGCCCAGCGAGUACCAGUCUUCCAGGCAGUUCGGCCCCUGAGCACCGCCGCCACAGCUCCCCCUGGACAGCACAACCUCUACUGGACUGAGAAACAUGUUUACUGUAUUUUGUUCUUUGUUGAUGCGGAUGUUAAAGGUGCUACAUGCAGCAUUUCACCAUGAAGAAUCGGUUCAUUUCAGAUUCGACUCACACAGCCAACAAAAAACCUCUUCACUGCAUUUUACAGGUUGGACUUACAGGAACAUUAACUGGAUUUCUUUAUGGCAGGUAGAGGGCGUUUCAUUUCCUGUCAUCAUCUUUUAAAAAAGGGCAGAGUAGUGGGUGAAGGUGCUGGUUGAAGUGCUUAUUAGGAAGUUCUGAAAGGCGAAACAUGGGCCACAUCAGAUACCUUUGUAUCAUAUGAUGCAUGUUGCAGACACUGGAUAUGCAAUAACAGACAGAACAAGGAGUCAAAGCACAGUAGCUGAGAUGUGCCAAUCCAAAGAGCAAUGUAAUAUAAUGGCUGCUUUCCGGGAGCAGACACACAGCGUAUCCGGAUGCAAUGCAGUUUAUCAACCUACAGUGAUGAGAGUCUUGAUGCUGCCAGUAUGUGGGCAAUGUGUUCACCCUUUAGUGCUCCCUAACAGCAGCACAGCAGUCGCUCUCAUAAGUGAAUCACACUAGACAAUUUGUUCAUCACAUUGUUUUUCAGACCUGAGUAUGGGGGAUAAUCUUAAUGGACAUAACAAGUGUGUACCUUCAUGUAACAUGGAAGUUACUAGAAUAGAUUUAAUUUCUAACUUGUACAUAUCCAUCACGUUCUUAUUCCCACUAUAAAACCAGGGUUUACACUUGU